UAUUAUUUAUUUAUUAUUAGUGAAAGAAAAGAACAUCGAACAUCUCUCUGCCCCUCUCUCUCUCUCUCUCUUUCCGUCUUUCGUCUACUCUGCUGCUGACUGCUCUAUUUACCCUCGCCUGUUUUUUGCCUUUCGAGAAACGCUCUUCUCGAUCGACCCUUUCUCAGGCUUUAAUAAUCUUGAAUACGAUGGGAAGUAAUGGUUGUGUGCCCAUAAAGAUGUCUGAAAAUGACGCUGCUGGAUGUUCUGAAACCACUGUUGAGAUAAAGAUCAAGACAUUGGAUUCUCAAACUUUCACAUUGCGAGUGGACAAAUGCGUACCUGUUCCAGAACUGAAGGAACAGAUUGCUUCUGUAACGGGUGUCCUGUCGGAGCAACAACGCCUUAUAUGCCGCGGUAAAGUUUUGAAGGAUGACCAACUCCUCUCGGCUUAUCACGUGGAAGAUGGUCACACUCUACACCUCGUCGUGAGACAACCGAUUGCUCCAUCGCCAGAGCUUUCUGAUAACCCAGCAACUGAUCCAACAUCAAGUACUGAGAACAGUCCAUUCAGUCGAGUAGGUCCUGGUAUGGUAGUAGGAACCUUCAAUAUCUCAGACCAGGGAGAUGGUGCUUUUGAUAUAAAUCGGAUUGUCUCCGCUGUUCUGAACUCUAUUGGAGUCGCAAGAUUUGGAAGUAGCGGUGAAGGAAUUGAUCUUAAUCAACUUCCUUCGUCUGGUCUCUCUACUGCACCUGGUCUAACUGGUACCCGGAGUUCGAGCAGACUACAGUCUGAUCAAGCAGCUUCAGUAGCCGUUCCUGUUGAACCUCCGGUUAUACCUGAUUCGUUGACUACUUUGCUACAGUACUUGAGUCAUUUGAGACAAGAAUUUAUUGCAAACGGUGGAGGCCAAGGUACAGAUGAACAAGAGUUAGAAGCUGCUGCAAAUUCUAGCGAGCCUAGAGAGAUUCUGACACCUCAGUCCUUGGCAGAGGUCAUGUCUUCAGCCAGACAACUGCUUGCUGAACAAGCCGAUGAUUGCUUAUCGCAACUUGCAGGACAACUGGGAUCUCAUUCAAGUAUUACGGAUUCGUUAGAGAGGUCAAGAAUUCAAUCUAGGGCUAUAAGAUCGGGAGCUCUUUUUCAAAAUUUAGGUGCUUCGAUGCUUGAGCUUGGUAGGGCAAUAAUGACUCUCAGAAUGGGCCAGACACCGGCUGAUGCAUUAGUGAAUGCUGGACCCUCUGUCUUUGUAUCAUCGACAGGGCCCAAUCCUAUCAUGGUUCAGCCACUGCCGUUCCAACCAGGAGGCGGCAGUUUUGGUUCAGUCCCUGUUGGCAAUGUUCAACACGGCGGCUCUGGAUUACCCACAGGUUCUGGUGGUACAGGUCAUCUUCCCAGAAAUAUCGACAUCAGAAUAAGAACAGGAUCAUUAUUUCCUCGAAGAGAGGGAACAAGUGGUUUGCAGGGCCAAGGGCAAGUUGGGACAACGGCGUCUAAUAAUCCUGGAGGUCAAAGUCAACAAGAUGAUGGAAAUACAGGGCAAGUGAGGGCCAUUCCACUCAGAACAGUAGUAGCAGCAGUACCUGCAGCAGCAUCGAUGAUUGGGCGUGCAAGUACUGGUUUGGAUUCAUCUCGUGGUGGUGGUUCAUUGGGGAUCUUAUAUCCACUUAUGACAGCAAGAAUUCAACACGCGUCUGGUGCAAGACCUGAUCCUAACAAUCAACAACCACCUAUUAGUAGCAUACCCUCCUCUGAAGCAGGAGGAGUUAGUGAAGAAGGAUUCUCUGGGCUUGAGCAGUUUCUGAGUAGAAUAUUUCAGGGGGAGCAUCAUGAUACUAAUAAUGCUGCUACGGCUACUGCUACUGCUACGGCUACGGCUACUGCUACUGCUACGGCUACUGCUUCAGCAGCUCAGAAUAAUUCUGAUGAAACAGCUCCUUCUUCUUCAUCAGCAGUAAGUGAGGAAGGGAUCAUUUUAUCUAAUAUGCUACGUCACAUUAUGCCCAUUCUCGAGUCAAACUCUCAUCUACCAAACUCUGAUGAAACACAACAGGGUGAUGGUAACAGAGAUGGGGCUUCUUCUCGACGACAUCGGUGUAAUAAUAACCCUAGCUCCCAACCAAGUGCAAAACGUCCUAGGGUAUCUAUCUAUCUAUCUAUCUAUCCACUUUUAUUCAGAGUUGCAUGCAUGUGAUCAUUCAUUCAUUAAUACUAGUUACUUAUCAAGACAGACAGACAAACAGACACAAGAACAUAAUUGUAAAGAUAUUUACGUUAACAAAAAAGCGUAAAGAUUGUAAUUGUUUGGUUGUAAUUAAUGGUGCAGAGCGAGUGAAAGCUUUACAAGACUUUGUUUGCUCCAAGUUGUUUUUGGUGAGAUCAUAUUAUUGACAAUGGCAGCAGCAGCUGCUACAAGGAUUAUCAAUUAGUUAAAUAUGACCCCACCCGUCGACGACAACAUCAAAACGAACAAGAAGAAGAAGAAGAAAGAGUUAGAUAAAUAGAGAUUCGUAUAUAUAAUUUCCAACCCUUUCCUUUACCGGCCCUCUUAUUUUUGGUUGUUCGACUUUUGUAAGUUUUAUAUCACUAUUAUUAUUCUUUAUUCAUUAGCUUAUUGUUAUUAUUAUUAGUGCACUGGGAACUUAACUCCUCAACAUCUUACUCUCAGCUGCAAAAUAAUUAUCUUAUAAAUCUUCUUUUGGCUGCCA